CUCCGACGCGGACGUCAUGCUCUUCACCACCUCCAAGCUCUCCGGCCAUGCCAGCAGUCGAUUCGGGUGGGCGCUGAUAAGGGACGAGAAGGUGGCCAAGAGGGUCAAUGACUACAUUAUGCAGAACACCAUGGGCGCGUCCCGCGACACCCAGCUCCGGAUGCUUGCCAUCUUCAAGACCAUACUGGCCAACCUGCACGGCAAGGAGGACAUCUUCGCCUUCGGGCACGACGUGAUGACGGCCAAAUGGCGCAAGCUUAGCGCCGUCGUGUCGCACUCCCGCCGGAUCUCGCUGCAGAACAUCCCUCCCCAGUACUGCACCUACUUCGACAAGAUCAGGGAGCCAUCCCCAGCUUAUGCGUGGGUCAAGUGUGAGAGGGAGGAAGACAGUGACUGCUCCGACGUGCUGCUCAAGGCCAAGAUAAUCACACGGUCCGGCGUCUGGAACGAUGCCAGCAGCCGGUACACGAGGAUAAGCCUCAUCAAGUCCCAGGACGACUUCGACCUGCUCCUCGAGAGGAUCACAGAAUUUGUCGAUGCCGAGCUCACCGCUGCUGGUUCCAACUCCAUGUGAUGUCCCGUGUUAAUAUACAGAAACGGGUCAAGGAAAUGUGAGCAUACAGAAGGUAUGUAUUUGGUUAGGACGGGUACCAAAAGUGCGACGUCCAGAGGUCAGCUACGUGUUGGUUGUGUCCCAGACUCCCAGGCUAGGUGAUGAUCGAGGAGCACGCGUUGUGACUGGACACUGAACAUUACUCGAAUGAUCAGCUAUGCGUUGAUUGUUCUCACCGUGUGUUACUUAUUAGACAAGAAAAAUGUUUCCUUGCUGUAUUGAGUGGAGGAUUAAGGAGCACAUGCAAAGCUCAGAAACUGGUACAUUAAUGCUAGUUUGUCCGAGUCAUAAUUUUCUUUUCUUUUUUGUGUGGGAACUCAGGGAGUUUUUAUUGAAUAGUGAUGCUCAGAUA